UACCAUGAACGGCACAUAUGCAUCUCUCUCAGAGGUCAUGAGGGCUCGGGGAAGCCCUCUAUGUGAGAAGGAAGUGUGGGCUCUACUGAAUGCUGCUUCAGAACAGAUUUUGAAGCUUUCUAAUAAUGAUUCCAAAACAUGGGUAGACAUCUCACCCUGGUCACUUGUUAUUUCGUGUUCUGGGAAUUUGUCUUUCCAGAAUGGAUUUUGCCACAAAGCUGCUCCAUUUAGAGCCCCAGAAGUGACUCAGGAGCCUACUAACACAAAGGAGCUAAUGGUGUACUCUUUGGGGAUGACGCUCUACUGGGCUGCUGAGUACAAUAUUCCUAGACAUCAGCCUGUGAAUCUUGGUUCCAAGAUUCAAUCCAUCCUUAUUGCAAUGUGUGAGGAGAAUCCACGACGCAGGCCAAGUCCAGAGAUCGUUGUCCAGAAAUGUCAGGAUCAUCAGAAACAGCUUUCAUUACUUCCUGCUUGUUUCUACAUCCAGAGCCUUGUUAGACUGGUGCUGGGUGACCUUUCGCAGAUGCCAAAAGAAGAUACCCUAGAUGUACAACUUGCAAGGAGCCAGAUGAUAAGAGAGAGACUGAAACAGAAGUCUGCUUCAAUAUUUUCUUCAGAGCCAACUACUUCAGGAGUGAAAUCUCAGCUCUUGUCAGCAUGGGAGAAAGAACCAAGGUUUUCACCUAGCCGAAAAUGUGAGUCCUCCAUCAACAGUUUUCAGGAUCCAAUGCACCAGACUGACAUUGAGAUACAUCGACCUCGGUAUUGCCAGUGGUCUGAUAGGUCAGAUACUUCUCAAGAACAUGGGCCAUUCUGCAAGUAUCCUGCUUCCGUAAGAAACUCUGUAUUUUCACAAAACAAGAUGUCACGACCUGAAUUUGUGUUUUUUGCUAAACAACCACCUGUUACCAUAGACCUGCCAACCAAGAUUGUGAGCAAAAAAGGAAGGUCAUACCUCUCUCAGAGGAACCUUUAUGUGAUUCUCCCCAGUGGACUCUGCUUAGAGGUAAAGUGUGACACCAAAUCCCGUGCACGCACUGUUCUGGAAUCUGCGACAGCCUAUGCUAAAUUGGAGCAACCCUCUUACUUUGGUUUGGCAUUUAUGAAAGGAAAAGAAUUAUUUUUCCUGGAUGACGACUCUGUUUUGGAGAAGGUGGCACCUGAGGGAUGGAGCAAGACUCCUAAGAAGAAAUCUACCAUUGUUGCAUUUACACUCUUCCUCAGAGUCAAAUAUUUUGCUCAAGAUUUGAGUGUACUAAGGCAUUGCUCAAUGAGACACCAGAUUUACCUGCAGUUACGAAAGGACCUCUUGGAUGAAAGGUUGUUCUGUAACAGAGAGGCAGCUAUACUCCUAGGCUCCCAUGCCCUGCAGGCUGAAGUGGGAGACUGCCCACCAGAGCUACAGGAGCAAGAUUUCCAUCCUGAAGAUUUUUUGCCACCAAGGAUCCUGGAGACUCCACAAGCUGUCCAUGAAAUGCUACUGCUACAUCAGCAUCACUUUAGUCUGUCAAGGAGGGAAGCUGAGGUGGAAUUUCUGAGGGCAGCUCAACAAUUGCCUGAAUACGGCGUUUUGUUUUACCGCGUGCAACAUGACAAGAAAGAGCUGGGGUGUGAAGAUCUCUUAUUAGGGAUCUGCUCCCAAGGGAUAAUGGUCUAUCAGGACAGAAGGGGUAAUCAUAUUGCAAGCCUACGCUUUCCAUGGAGGGAGAUACAGACUCUUUCAUCCCAUAGGAAGAAAUUUUCUGUGGUGAGUUACUCCAGUGGGAAGAAACACUCAUAUCUCACAGACAGUAAUAAGACAUCUAAAUAUCUUCUGAACUUGUGCAAUGCCACCCGAACCUUCAACUCUAACCUUCAGCAGCACCAAGGAACUACAGAGGAUUCCCAUGAGAUGGACACAGUCUAUGAUGCUCAACAAGAUGAUCUUCUGUUGAUGCAGAGAAUGUCACAUUCAGAGAAUGUCUUAUGUUUUGCCCAUGCGGAGGAUGUGAGAAACAGGAUCCUGAGUAAGUCAUGUGACAUCAUAAGUCUUGACAAUAAAAAUGGAGAAGAGAGCACUCUAUACAGCUCGUUUACCGAUGAUCCUCUGAAGCAAACCUACAAGCAGAGUUCAGAUUACCUAUCCAUGCACUGUAGUCGGAGCACAUCCUGCAAUACCCAGAGCAACCCGAAGUGGAGUUCAUUAAAUGAGGCAGAAAGAGAGAUUCUACAUGUCAAAUUGAGGAAGGACCCAAGAUAUGGACUAGGUUUUGUUAUCAUUGGCGGAGAGAAUAUUGGGAAACUAGAUCUUGGUAUUUUUGUAGCUUCUAUAAUUCCCGGGGGACCCGCUGAGCUGGAUGGACGCAUCAAACCAGGUGGUCGUUUGAUAUCUAUGAAUAACGUUAGUUUAGAAGGUGUUACCUUCAAAAGUGCUGUUAACAUCCUGCAGAACUGUGGCGAAGAGGCUGACCUCAUUCUCUCCCAACCAAGAGCUAGCAAGGUCAAUUGCAAUUACUCGGAAAGGCAAAGUUUAGAUACCAUUAAAGGAGAGAAUUUGGGAAGCAGUCUGAUUUCAGGCUUACAUGGAUCGCAUAGCAGCCAAAUGAGUCCAAUGGGAGAAAACUUCCAUGUCUCACCUAACCAAGGACACUUGUCUGAUGAUGGUCGGAACUAUGUUUUUUCACAAGACUUGGACGUCGUUGGAAGAGAUAGUACGGAGAUAAGAUCUGAUAAUACAUUUCUAGUGCAGCUACGGAGAGAAGAUGAGAGCCUUGGCUUCAGUGUAACGGGUGGAGUUAAUACAAGUGUCCGACAUGGAGGAAUUUACCUAAAAAGCAUUAUUCCAAUGGGACCAGCUGAUCGGAAUGGAAAGAUUAUGAGAGGAGACCGUUUGCUGGAGGUGAAUGAUGUUCGUCUUCUUGGAUUCACACACCGGCAAGCGGUAGAAUGUCUGAAGAAUGCUGGACAGAUAGUGACUCUUGUGUUGCAGAGGAAAGGAGACUCAGGAAACACUGUUAUUGGGAGUCAGAGUGAAUUCUCUGAGUCUCAACGCUCCACUCCCAGCUGCAGUCACACUGAAUACCCAUUAUUUGUGACUAAGGAUAAUACAUAUGAAGUAGUGUUGAAGAAGAAUUCAGGGGGAUUGGGAUUCAGUUUUCUGCAGACUGAGAGCAGAAGUUCAGGGAAUGUCAUCAGGAUAAAGAGACUGUUCCAUGGCCAGCCGGCAGAGGAAAGUGGACUUAUCUCAGUUGGAGAUGUUCUUCUGGAAGUCAAUGGAAAAUCAGUUUGUGGAUUAAAUUAUCAGGAAAUUCUCCAUCUAUUGCAUGGUGCUCCUGGUGAAGUGACCUUGAGGAUCUGCAGACCAAUUGAAGGAGUUCUGCCUGAAAUAGACUUUACUGUACCGACUCCUAUGCCAUCCCCAGUAAGAGAGUUACUGAGUAUGAGAAAUUCUUUCAAUGACCUUGAAAGUACGAUGGAAAUAGAUUCAGAAGAUGGGAGCAACUCCGACCAAAGGACUAGUGCUUUACAAGAAAUAUCCUCUACACCUACCUUAAACGUGACCGUGGAGACAUCGACUUCAUUGGCAGAUGAUGUUCGACUGAACUCAUAUUCCAUCUGUGACCUAGAGCCUCAAGAGAGGACACACAUGCUUCGCUAUAGUUGGGGUAUCUGCAGUUAUGGAGACCCCCAAGCAUUACUUGUGUUUUGUCUGUCUAGUACAACAAGUGAGAAAGCCAAAGGAGAUGUGACACGUGUACUUAGUGAUGAGGAGUAUCUCACUAUUAGUUCUACUUCUGUGACCUCUCCUUCCUGGGGGGAGACACCGGAAGGCACCCCAGCUGGAUACAGAGCAAUCCAGCAGCAUGCUUUGAAGUUGCUCCCACAAUCCCUCACCUCCACAGAAUCUUGUGAUAAUGAUAGCGAAUGGGAAGACUUGGAAGAAAUUGAAGAAACAGAGGAAAAAAUGAAAGGUUCUCAGGCAGGAUGCAUUGGGAAAUUUGAGACAUUCUCCACUCAACUGCCCUCAAAGUUGCAUCUCCCUUCCACAACAAGUAGAACAUUUCAGGUUGUGAUCCCUGGAAGACGGAAGAAGACCCCAUCUCCAAUUAUGAGGCUCAAAGCACCUUCACCUACCAGAAACAUUGGACUUUCUCCUUCACCAAUAAUAACACAUGUACCUCCUUCUCCUACAAGAAAUCCACCAUUCCAAAGCAUGACCUCUUCUGCAUGUAACAUCUUACAACCAGAACCCUGUGAUUCACACCUGAAACCAACCUUAAAUUCUCCACACAGUAUGAGUAAAGGUGACCAGGAAUACCCUGACACCAUAUGCCAUAGAAACCCUAAUCAAAUAAAUGAUGAAUGUAUUACUUUAAAUCAGUCAACCAAGGACAUCACUAUUGAAGACUCUUCGGAACUAAAUAAUAUUGCUCCUAUACAAACCAAUGUUAAUAGUCUCACUUUACACCCUGAACAAUCAGGUAAUGAAGACAGAACACUUAAUCAGAAUCAUUUCAAUCAGUCCAACAAUGGCAGAAUCAUAGUACAAACUAUUUCUUAUGAUGAAACAAAAAGUGAAACUAGAACUUUGCAUCGUCACAUACCUGAACAUUUAAAUAAUGACCAAAAAACAUUUGGUGGUAACAUUGUGAUCCCUGGAAUUUCCAUUAGAUCAUCAUAUUCCAUGUCAACUGACCAGUCACAAAAUGUAGCACAACAAAAUAAGACAACUGGAAGCAAGCACCCAGCCACAGGGAAUGUUUCCAGUGACAGUCAAGCAGAGAGACAUCCUAACAUGGAUUAUUCAACAUCUCAAGAGACAAGCAAGUCUCCGCAAAGUGAUAACGAGGUCUGUUUCAUGGACAUCUACUUGGACAAAGCAAACAAUGGAAGCUUGGGGUUCUCACUGGCUGGAAACACAAACGAUGGAAUGUUUACCAUAAAGGCAAUCUGCCCUGGUAGUGUGGCAGCACAGGAUGGGAGGCUGUGUGUAGGAGAUUUAUUGUUAGAGGUAAAUGGACGUGCUUUAACCGGGCUCACACUUGGAAUGGUGGUUAGCAUACUUAGAGAAGCCACAGGCACAGUGCAUCUCUCCGUGCGGAAAAUUGCACAAUGCAGCAAUGAUUGUACAGAAAAUAAAGGAAUUUGUUCAGAUCUGAAAAUCCACAUGGCAGAGGAUGUCAAAGUAGAUUCAGAAAAGGAAAACUUGCAAUCACCAGGCAAUAGUACUUCUGUUGAGGAGUUAGCAGCAAACAAAAUGUCAUCCUUAGUUGUUCAUGAUUCGGAUGGCUGGAGCAGUGAGGAAGAAGAUAAUAGAGCACCAAUAUCUUAUCCUGGUUCGCAAAGUGAUCUUAAUGAAGAGCUGUAUUUCCUCAAGGUGAAAAAGCAAUAUUCAGAGUCUGAGAUCCAGACCCUGCUCACCUGUGCUCUCCAUGGUGGUCAGGAUCACAUUGCCUAUAAGGAAUUUGCGGCCUUGGCACAUGAGACACCUGUAGACACUUUUUGUGUGGCUUCUGCACCUGAAAACCGAAACAAGAACAGAUAUAGAGACAUAUUGCCAUAUGAUAAAACUCGAGUGCGACUUGGAGAAAGUGAGGAGUACAUCAAUGCAAGUCACAUUGUGGUCCCUGUAGGUCAAGAGAAACUGUGCUACAUCUGCACACAGGGUCCACUCCCAAACACUAUUCACUCUUUCUGGCAGAUGGUUUGGGAGAAUUCCUGUCAUGUGAUAGUAAUGAUGACUCAAGAGAGAGAGAACGGCAAGGAGAAAUGCAACAAGUAUUGGCCAGAAGAAGUCCAUGUAGUUUUGGAAACAGACCAUCUAUCCCUGAGGCUUGAAAAUCUCGAAAUACGACAACAUUUCAUCACUAGAUAUAUGACUAUCAUGCAUAGAGGAACAGGAGAAAGCCGAAAGGUCACACACCUCCAGUUCAUCAGAUGGCCAGAUCAUAGAAUUCCUGAGUCUUCUCAAUCUUUGCUGCAAUUUGUUUGGUACCUUCGGCAGAUUCAUGAUGGAAAACCUAUUGUCGCCCAUUGCAGUGCUGGAAUAGGCAGGACUGCUGUUUUAAUCUGCAUGCAUGUUAUGGUGGCCCACCUGGAACAAGGAAUACUGUUUCAGAUACGGGAUAUUGUAAGGCUCAUGAGGCAGCAAAGACAUGGGAUGAUACAGAACAAGGUUCAGUACCAAUUCUGUUUUAAGGCACUGCUGGAAUGUCUACGACUUCUUCCUUAUGUGGACCGAACAGACCUGUGCAUUGCCGAACAUUGGAGUGCCUCUAAUGUUGAAUAAAACUAUCCUGGCAAUCUAGUUCAAAUAGACAAAUGGGUCACUAUAUUUUUUCUAUUAUGUCCAGUAAAUAUUUGAAUACAUUAUUUCCAAUGGAGCAAGAAUAAUGUUUUGUUGUACUUGAGAUUAUGAUUACUUGCAAUAGAAUUUACGUAUCUAUAAUGUUCCAUGUAUAAUAAAGUUUGGUGUCAGGUGAGCAUGGAUGGAAUAACUAUCCAGAAUGAUAACAUUUUCACUUUAAUACCAUUCAGGAUUAUGGGACAUAUCACGUUAUUGUAAAAGUCAUGGCAUGUUGGCUGUACUAAAGUUAGCACACAUUAAAAGAACACUAUAGUAUCAGUAAUACAAACGUUUUCCUGACACUAUAGGUCUAAAUGCACCAUUUAAGUGACCAGCCCCCCGUCAGCAAAAUAAAAGGUUAGUUAACUUCCCUUUUUUCCCAGCACCUUGCGGGUCUACUCGCGGCUUGCCCCACCUCCGCUCCGCUUCCUUGGCUGAGAUCAU